CCUAAGCCUGCUAAGGAAAAGUCUUGUCAUACACGUACACUAGUAAUACACCUCGGUAUUACACAGGUCUGAUCUCAUAGGUGCUCAAUCCAAAGAUGAACAAUCUCGAGACUGAUAUCCAUCAGGGGGGGAAUAUACAACAGAGUGAUGGUGUCCAGUGGAUGGAGAGCAAGGCAAACAUGCUGGAUGAGAUGAGUCAGCUCGUGGACUUAAUGACAUCUGAGAAGAUUGAACUCACCAACAAAAUCACAGUGCUGAAGGCUGAAUUGGAGAGUGCUAAAGAUGAACUCACUAAACUAGGAGAGUGUCGAAUGCAAGCAGAUAAAGAUAAGAAAAGCUACAGAACUCAACUGAAGGAGCUCAAGCGGAAUGAAAAACAUGGAAUAUUAACUCUGAACGUGGUAUUAGAGGCUACCAGAAAAGAGCUGGAAGCCACAAAGCUCAAAUUGAGCAGGCUCAGCAGUGAUUUGGAGAAGUCACAAACUGAGACCAAACACCUCUGUACAUGUAGGACUGAGAGAAACAGUGCACUGGAAGCAAGGCUGGCUGCAGUACAAUCGAAGAAAACUGAGCAAUUGGCAUCCCUGAGCAAGAAAACUGAAGAGAAGGCAAAACUAUCCUCUCAGCUGACUAAUUGGCGGGAACGCUGCUACACCCUGCGUGCAGACAACACUCAGCUGAUGUCAAGUCUCACCUCUGCCCAGAAAAAUUUUCACCAUUCUCAGGACGAGGUUCUUGCCCUUAGGGGGCGUCUAACAAGCACCAGAAAGGCUUGCGAGCAGCUACAAAUGAAGUGUACUAGCCUGGAGCAUACAGUAGAAACUCUUGCUAGGCGGUCCCCCACUGUGGUGAGGGUACCCUCAAGGUCUAGGGAGGAGGUCCGACUGACAGAAGAGUGCAAGCGUAAGGAUGUCCUUUUUACCAGUUGCAUGAAAGACAUGUCAGCUAGUAACUCCAAAAACCACCUCCUUCAAAAGGAUGUAAAUGUUCUACAGUCGCAAUUGGAGACUGAGAAAAGAGAGAGGAUGUUGCUGUUAUCAACCCUCAAGACGAGGGAGAGAGAGUGGGAAGACACGUGUAAGGACUUCAAACUCAGAAUGACAUCACUGACUGCAACUAUUGAGGCUAAGGAGAAACAGAAAUUGACCCUAACUGAUUUAAGGAAGGAUGUUGGGAGUAGAAUGAGUAUGAUAGAGACUGAGCUGAAGACUGCUCGUGAUGAACUAUGUCUAGUGAGGAGAGAGGUUGCAGGGAAAGAGGAAUUGUGGGACAAGGAGAAGAGGCAGUUGAAGGAAAAGAGGGAACAAAUGCAAAUAGAACUAAAAGCAUGUCAAGAGAAGGUCAUGAGUUUAACUAGUGAGCUGGAAUGUGCUCAAGAUGAUCACCAGACCUCUGCAGAAUCACAAAGUAGGGAAUGUGACCGUCAGAUUAAUGAGAUUAAAGAGGACUACAGGAGAAUGAAGGAGGCAAGCACAAACCGAUGUACGGAGUUAGCCAAAGAAGUGUGGAGAUUAAAGACUGAACUGGAACAAUGGGAGACAACUGAUUCAUUUCAUCGCUGUACUAACUUGCCCACCUUCUUGGCUUGAACAGAUUUCUGUGGUUGUUAUGCAUUUAUUAAGGAAAUCAGAGUGGGUGUGAGUUAAAAGUCACUGUGUCAAUGAUCUAGCUGAUGAUUAUAAAAGUAGCCAUGUACUGCAUUCAUGCCAGCAGGAGUGUAUGUCUGAUGCCAGAUGUAGUAACUUUUUGCUAAACUCCAGAGAUCACCCAAAAUAUCGUAACACCAACGAUG